AUGGGCAAGAUUGGCGACGGAAAACCGUUCCCUUACGACGCCAACGGCACCUACAUGGUUCUCGCCGGCAAUAACGUGGAAAUUCAUGGAUUUUGCAAGAAAUUCUGCGGGUGGCACACGAUGAAUCGUCUCGGCGGGUCGAAGCCGGUCGCGUAUGCCCUCGUGAGUCAUCACGGAUUAUGCCCCGCAAGCUGCGGGGCGAAGCCGACUUCGCCCAAUGGAAAGCCCUGGCUCGACGCGAUGGUUUCGACAGUCGCUCACGAGAUCGCAGAAGCUGCGACGGAUCCUGAUUCCAGCAGCGGCUGGAUCGACGCUAACUGGGAGGAAAACGCGGAUAAGUGCAGCUACAGCUACGGAGUUAGGCAAACUACUCAGAACCAAAACGGUGAGGAUGCAGAGUACAACCUCGUGGGGCUCAACAAUAUGAAGUUCCUGGUGCAGCAGAACUGGGAAUUGGUAACUGGCGCGUGCGUAGUGCAGACAACUGAAUAG